AUGCCUCGAAACUAUGCUCGAGGUCCGGAGAAGCAGCAGACCGCAGAUGAUAGCGGCGCAGGAGGAGGACACGUGAGCGCGACGGAGGCCGAAGGAAACAGCGCAGCAGCAACAAGUACGGGCGAACGCGGCGGCGGCGGCGGCGGCGGCGGCGACUACUAUGGUGCAAGCGGCAGUGGUGACGGCGCCUUGGGCGUGGGAGGACGGCCGGGAGUUGUUGUUGUUGCUUCGCAGCAGGGCAAUCCGAGGGACGAAGACAAGCGUGGCGACGUCGACGACCGGAACAAGAGCGGUCGAACUGGCGGCGGCGGCGAGCGGCGGGAGGGAGGGGGCGGGGGAGAAAGCGCGGACGACGACGGCGUUGCGACCCGGCGUGACCUCCCGAACGGUGGUGGCAGCGGCGGGGUUUCCCCACGCGCUAAGGGGGGGGCCGCGGAAUGCGGCGAAUCGAGCCCGAGAGGGGAGAGAAAGAACAAGACGAAGAGGGAUGGCGGUGCCAGCGGCGCCGGUGACGAUGGUGCUGGUAAGGGCGACGACCGUGGUGGAGCUGGCGGCGGCGAGAAACAGAAACGGAAGGCCGUCUCUGGGGAGAGAGCAGCGCCGGCGGCACGGGGGACCCCUCGCAAGGCUAGAGCUAGCCGUACCCAGAACGGGGCGAGCAGACGCGCCUCGGAACUGGGGCCCGUGACUUACGUGACGCACGACCGAACGACCGCCGUGGAGGAAGAAGACGGGCAGCACGACGGAAUGCGCGGGGCGGGAACGGGGCCUGCUGGAAGGACCGGCGGUGGCGGUGGCCCGUCGCCCUUGCCAUCGCCGUUCUCACGACGCGCGAAGCGGCCGCGGCCAACGUUGCAGGGGGGCUCCGCUCGCGCCGUGGUGUGGGGGCAGCCCUGCCCUGCCUGUCGCGGGAGGGGCGGGGAGCCCCCUCCCGGCGGGAUUGGGAAGGAAGCAGACGGAACCUCUAGGGGCGGCUGCAGCGGCCCUUGUCGGGGAGCCGAAGGAGGAGCCGGAACGGGCCAGGGGCCGUUGAGGAUUGGUCAGUACGUCUACCUUCGCGCCCCGGCUUCCGAGGACUUGCAGCGCUCGCUGGUGUCCGAGGGUGAGUUCGCCGCCCCGAAAGCCGGCGGGCUGUCCGGCUCUGAGCUUGCGGGAGAGCGUAUACGAGUGUUGCGGGAGACUGGGGACGGCGGCGACGGGUCUUUCGCCGCGGCGGAUGUGGUGCAGUUCAACACCGCCAGCGGCAAGCACAGGCUUCGGUUCGUGCAGGACGGCGCCGUCAAAGACGUCGAGCUGAUGAAGCCACCAGACUUGGAAGCCGACAUCAGCGAUGACGCCGAGCGCGGUGCUCCUCAGGGCCGACCAGAGGAGAAAGGGACCGGUGGCGGCGGUGGCGUGCGCUGGCUUCAAAGGCGCGCUCGACGGCGCGCUCGCGAUGCGAUUCAACGGAACGCGGGCGGCUUGUGCGAGGGGCCGUCGGGCGAGGUCCGAGGUCUAGUGGGAGACGAGCACGACCCGUUUAUCCAGCGCGAAGAGAACUGGCGCUGGGCACUGAGCCGUUGGAGGUGGAACCUCGGGGAGCGAGACGGCUACUACUCCGAUGACCGCGGGGGGGGCGGGGGGCGACGUGGCUCUGGCGGCAGUAGUCGUGAUGGGGGCAAGCGAGGCGGCGGCGGCGGCGGCAGCCGAGACACGGAGAGGUGCGGAGUUCCACACGCCGGGGACGGAAUGUUUCCCCCGAUCGGCAGGGUUGUGGCCGUGGAAAUUCGCCGCGUAGACACCGGAGAGAAGGUCGUCGAAGGGGGUGCGGAUGGCGGUGGUCGUAGAGACGGAUUGAAGGAGGAGGAGCAGGAAGGCAAGGGAAGGGCGACGGAGGUGUGGCUGAAGGUGGCGCGGCUCUGGUACCCUCAGGACACGCGGUGCGGAAUGGACCCGUUCGUUCACGGCAAGGCGGAGGUGUUCGAGGCCUGCCGGGUCGUUCGCCCGGACGGGCACCCUGACGGGGAGUGCGCUUGCGCGCCAGAUUCGCGCUGCGGGUCGGCGGCGGCGAAGGGGACGGAGACGGCGGCGGCGCACAACAGGAAACGAGACUCACGUUUGCCCGGCGGCGCGCGUGGGGGCGGCUCCGGCUCCGGCGGCGCCGCGAGAAAUCGUGCGGGUGCCGUCGCCGCUUCGAGGCUCAGCGGAGAGCGGCCUCUGGCCGCUUGCCUGAAGAUUGAGCCCGUGACGCUGUGGGUGCCGGCGUGCGAAGCCCACCGCGUGGCGAGCGUGCACCCCUGCAUCGACGGCCGGCUGAACCCUUGCGCCGGCAAGGUCGUCAACGACCCGUACCAGCCGCAGGCGGAGUUCUUCAUCAGCCACCGGUACUGCCUCGAAGCCGACGCGUACUUCCCGCUCGAGAGCCCGAGGAGCGGCGCCAACAGCAGCGGCGGCGGCGGCGGCGGGGGCGGGGGCGACGGCGGCGUCGGGAUGGAGACCAUCGUCGGAGCGCUUGGCGUCCCCGUGGGAGGGGGUGGGCGGGAGGGCGGGUUGCACAAGCUCCCCUCGCCGCGCUCGGCCAAAGCGCGCCUGCUGAACAGGACCGCGUCCGACAGCAUGCUGGAUGACCUGCCGCCCAAGUGGCACCCCCUGAAGAAGCGGAUGUCGCUGGGCCAGCAGUCGCCGGCGGGCGGCGGCGGCGGCGGCGGCGGCGGCGGUGGUACGGACUCUCCGGUCAUCGGCUGGGAGAGCGCGAUCAUUCGGAGCGGCAGGGCGGACUCGGGGUCCUCCGCAAGCGGCAGGACCACGCCUGUCGACGCCACGCCCUGGAGCCCCAGGGAGUCGGGCCACGACGGGCGCGACGCGCAGAAGGUGUACCUCUGCCACCGGUGCAGGCACACCUUCCCGUCCUCCCGGCUGCAGCGGUGCUCGGGGAGGGGCUGCCUCAACCACUUCUGCGCUCCGUGCGCGGUCGAACGGAGCGGCGGGCUGAGCAGCAGCAGCGGCGGCGGCGGGGGGAAGGGUCGAGCGCGAGGCAUGAGGUGGCCGACGCAACCGCUUCCGCCGCCGCCGCUCGGAGGGUUGGCGGACCCUGGCGGGGGUCAGCACGGCGGGUGCGAGACGACACCGCAGGCGUGGACGGGACCGUGCUGCCAGGGCGGCUGCGGUUGUCACGAGUGCGUUACUGGAGCGGAGGAGGGCCUCUUGUCCGGCUGGAGCGCCCGCAACGGGGUUGCGUCUGCGUGUGCGGCGGCUACGGCACCCGCGGACGUGUUGCAGCAGCGUCGUGGAUCGCGGUCGCUCAAGAAAGCAAGGGUGGCGGCCCAGGCCCCGGCUCCGGCGGCGGCGGCGGCGGCGGCGGCAACGCCGAAGAAGAUGGUCGGGUGGUCAGGGUGGCAGGAGCGGCCGAACGGCGUCCAAAGAAAUCCGGACCCGUCGACAGGGAGAGCGAGCGCCAACACCAACGUCAAGGGAAGAGGAGGUGAUGCUCCUGCUUGCGUCGAGGGAUGGGCUCGGGACGCGGAGGGCGGUGGGCAAGACGCCGUCGUGGACACGGCGGUGGAGUGGUGCCGGAGCUGCAGCGGCCCGGGGCCGACGGGGUCAUUGGCGCGCUGCUACUAUUGCCACGGGGGCGUGCACGUCUCCGGGUGUCAUCGGUUCGAGGAGGCGUUGACGCGGAGGCGACUCGCGGAGUUCGGCCUCGGGCCCGCCGGGCACUUCUCGUCGGCGCCGUCGGGCGAAGGCGCCGUGGGCCACGGGGUCGCCGUGUGCGUCGACGGGCGGUGGCGAGCGGGGCUGGUCCUGUGCUGGAGCCCCCCGUUGGGCGCGCACUACGUCCGGUACGUUGACGAGUGGGAAUCUGGGGAGGGAGCCACGUCGAGCUUGGAUGCCAUCCCUUGGGAAGGCGAGUGGGUGGAACUACCGGACGAGUGGGCGAGAGAGGCGACCGUAGGUCCAGGAGGAGGAGAGUGUUCUUCUUCUUCUUCUGCCAAGCGCUUCGCGGCGACGGUUCGGGCAAGCGGCGUGCGGUGGCCGCUGGUGGAGAUCUCGCUCAGGCUGUUUCCGCCGCCGGCGGCGGCUAGCGGCAGCAGCAGCACCAGUAGCGCGCCCGCCGCCGCCAAACCGCCUCCAGAGAGCAGGUCGGCGACCAAGGUGCUGAAGGCGUUGCUCAAGCAAAACUUUCUCGCUUCCCAGGCGGCGGCCGCGGCGAAGAGUGGCGGCGCGGCAGUCUCCCAUCAGUAUCGGCCUCCCGGCGUCGCCGUUCUUUCCGGGACAGCGCCGAGCGCUCGCGCGAGCGGUGGGGGCGUUGGGAGGGGGAGCAGCGACGGUAGCGACGUCGGAAACGGAACCGAGCAGGCCGGGGAGCAGCGACGAAAGCCGUGGGUUUGUCGGGCGUGCGUGGAGGCGAAGCUGCACCGGCUGCAGCGGCGGGUGCGCUCCCAGUUUCUCGUGCCGUGGGAGGACCCGGAUGGACCCUCGGCGGUAGUGUGCGCGACGGCGGCAGCGACAGGAAGAGGAGGAGGAGGGGGGGGGUCGACAAUGGCCUCCGCUCCUCCAGUCGGUGCAUGUGCGGGGUCGACCGAGAGCCCGAUGACGCCGUCGAAAGGUCCCCCCCCCGCCUCCUUAGCCGCAGGCGGCGGGACCCCCGGAGCUGCGGGGUCACCGAAGCCACCAAGGCAGGAGGCGGCGGCUGGGGCGGGGAAUGAUGAUGGCAGCACGCGGCCCUUCGCGUUCGAGGCCGGCUUCAUGUCGGACCUCGCCGACCUCCACGCCCGCGGCGGCGGCCCGACGGCCAACGGGGCGGGCAUCGGCAGCUCGAGGAGCGGCACCCGCGGCGGGAAGAAGAGGCCGCGCCCCCCGCCGGCCGUCCGCGCGUUCUCGCACCUGCUCGGGAAGCUGGGGACGCAGAGCGCUCUCGCGUUCGCCCUGCCGCCGGAGGUCACCGACCUGGACAGGGACGUGGCGGCGUUUUUCGCGAGCGGGGGUGGGGGCGGCGGCCGAGGGGGCGGCGGGGACGAGGGGCCCCUUGGUGGCGAGGCGCGGGGUGCGCGAUCUGUGGUCUUGGUCGACGGAACGGCAGCGGUUGCGAUGGCGGCGGCGGCGGCGGCGGGGGGGGGGGGGAAAAAAACCGGGUCCCCCGCCAAAAUGGCGGCCGUCCCAAGGGCCAACAAACUGCACCAACAAAAAGGAGAAGCGGGGUCCGCGGCGAGAGUGGCGGCGGUCGCAGGGGCGAGCAAGCUGCAGCAGCAGAAGGGGCAGGGGCAGGGGAGCAGCGUUGGUGCGCCGCCUGGGGCGAGCGGCGGAGGAUCGGGCCGCCGUUCUGAGGAUGGCGGCGGGGGCGGGGGCGGCAUCGGUGCUGGCGCCGGUGCUGCUUCUGCUGCUGCCAUGUCGAUACCUGCCGGUUUUUCCUCCGAGAAGGAGGUGGAUCUGGAGUCAAGCGCUAAGAUCCGGCCCGUGGAUAGCAGCAGCAAGCUCCGGAGAAGGUCGUCAAGCUUUGGAGGCGGGGUGCGCAACGCAAGCCGGCCUCUCCGCAUGUCUUCUACCGAGGCGCCGGCGGCUGUCGGCGAGGACAGCUCCUUGUCGGGCGGGGGCGGGGGCGGGGGAGGCGCGGGGGGCGGGGCGGCAAGAGGCGGCGGCGGCGGAAGGUCUGAAUCCUCCUCGGUGCCCACGACCCUGAAGGAUGUUUCUCGGAAGGACCGCAUGCAGCGCAUGGAUCAAAGGAGGAUGAGGCGGCAAGGGCAGACUCUGGUCGACGCGGGGCUGUUGAACUUGGACGUCCUCCAAAGCCGUAGGAAGAAACUCCGGUUCGGCAGAUCCAGCGUCCACGCCUGGGGGGUGUUCGCCGACGAGCCCAUCGCCGCGGGGGACCUGGUCAUCGAGUACAGGGGUGAGAUAAUCGGGAACGCGGUCGCCGACAAGCGGGAGAAGCAGUACGAGGACAUGCAGAUCGGGAGCGACUACAUGUUCCGUGUGGACGAGGACACCGUGGUUGACGCGACGUUCAAGGGCAGCCUGGCGCGGUUCAUCAACCACAGCUGCGACCCCAGCUGCACGACGCGCAUCAUCACCGUCGAGGGGAGCAAGAAAAUCGUCAUCUACGCUGAGCGCGACGUGGCAAUGGGGGAGGAGCUGAGCUACGACUACAAGUUCCCGCCCGAACCCGACGAGGCGGCUCGCGUGCCUUGCCACUGUGGCUCGGAGAAAUGCCGUGGUUUCAUAAACUGAAGAGGCGUCUCUUCUCGCCCCCCCCCCCCCCCCUUUCCGGGGGGGGGG